AUGGAUGAAGCGAAAAAUAUGGCGCUUUUAUUCUUUAUGGAUCAUUUGAUGCAAAAAAAUGGUCGUCGAACGAUCCACGAUCUUAGCUGCCAAUUUGGAGCUCGCGGAUUCACUACAGAAAUGAGAGAUGCUGUUGGUACGACACAGGAAGGCCUCACAGAUUUCCUUUGUCAACAUCCUUCCUUGUUUACCGUGGAAGGUGAUCAGGUAUGUCUAAAUGGUUAUGGCGAUUUGUCAGCAAAAUACAAUCCAUUAUUGAAUGCGACUGCUAAUGGCCGAAAUAGAGAUUAUGUAAAAGAGGCAGUACAAUUUUUUGAAGCAAAAUUGCAGAAAUUUGGUCCAGAACUUCAGAUCAAGAGUUUACUUGGGCAUCGAUCGCAAGCAGCACCUGAAGUACGCCUUGUCUCUGGUCGACAUUUAAAAGAUUUUUGUGAAUUUUUACAAUCACAGACAGAUCAUUUUGUCGUCGACGGUGAUCGAGUUAGGUUAAAAAAUAUGCCGGAACCUAGCAAUGCGAAUUUGGAUGUAGAUGAUCAAGGCAAGCCUUUGACGGGUAUGAAAGCGAAGCAAGCGGCCGUUGAUUUUCUUCGAUCUGUUGUUGAACAGCAUGAAGAUCAACCGAUACCGAUGGAUAUCUUUUAUCAAAAAUUCUGUGAUCGUUUUUCUCAUGCUAUAAGGCAAGAAGUGGCAACUAAUCCAAAAGAAUUGCUUCAAUUUCUGAAACUCAAUCGCAAUAUAUUUUUCAUCCGCUCUAACAAGGUAUCCUUAGUGAGAAAUCGAGCGUCUGAAGAUGGCUCCGAAUGUGGCUCAACUGAAGGAUCUGAACUUGAAAAUAACAGUAAUUGCAGUAACAAUCAUUUGAUUCAUGAUGGAACUAAUCGCAUAAAUCUAGUAAAAUCACUUAAAUCUGCCCAGGAAGCAGUUUCAUCUCUUAGCAAUGAAAUUGACUGCAUGGAAGAAAAACUUAUUGGAGUUGAUUUCAAAACUGUAACACUUGGUAUGCAAGGAGAUGAAUUUCUUUCGCUCGUUGUUAUUGCUACGUGCAGUCAGAUCCAUGUUUUCGAUGUUGUCCAUAGCGAUACCGUUUUACUUGAAAGUGGUCUUAAAGAAUUAUUAGAAUCUGAAAAGAUCGUAAAAGUAAUUCAUGAUGCAAGACGAAUUGCAACACUGCUUGCUCAUCGUUAUGCUAUAAAUCUUCAAAGAAUUUUUGAUACGCAAAUCGCACAUGCAAUUUUGCAACAUGAGAAAUUUGGCAAAACGUUUAUGGAAAUGCGCGCUAUAACAUUUCAAAAUCUUCAAAGGGUUUAUUAUCCACAGUACAUUAUGAUGUCUGAUUUGACUCCCAGAAAACUUUCGCAAAUGCCGAACUGGGGCCAAAGGCCAAUCACUCAGGAAUUCUUAAUGACUGUGGCAGAAGAAGCUUAUUGUCUUGUUACAGUGAUCUAUAGGAUACUUUAUGAUCUAUUGCCGAAUCAUCUUCAUGGUCUUUUCGAUGAAAAAUGUCUUGAAGCCCUGAUACCGAAUCCAAAUCGGCCACCACCUACCCAUUUUCAAAAUAGCAUGACGCCAUUUCGUGGGCCAAGAAGAAAUAUUGUCACACCAGCAGUUGUCAAUAACAUUAUUGCACCAAAAUCACCGAAACAAACUUGUGAUAUGUCCACUCAGACAUUUUCUACUGGAGAAAUCAGCGUUCUUAACGUUUAUUAUGAUAAUUGA